AUGCACUGUAUGCGGGGUUUUGCUGUUUGCUGGCAACAGCAGCAGCAACAGCAGCAGCAGCAGCAACAGCAGCAGCAGCAGCAGCAGCAGCAGAACAUUCCAUUUUUGCGGAGACAGGAGACAGUUGAUGCGAUACAGCCGAGGAAGGAGACAGAUACAGAUAGAGACAGAGAGAGACAGAGACAGAGAGAGACAGAAAGACAGAGAGAGACAGAGACAGAUAGAGACAGAGAUAGAGAGAUAGAGACAGAGAUAGAGAUAGGGAGGUAG